GAAUUAAUUGUCACUUUUCUUGGGUCCAUCUAUUACAACAUAUGUAUGCUCAAAUAUAGGAAAACAUAAAUAGGAAAAGUACAUUUUACUGAGAACCUUUAGAAGUAAACCAGAAAUGCAGGGGCUUAGGCUUAUUCUCGUUCUUUUUGUGUUAGAUUUUAGUCAGGCCAUUGAUUUUUGUAAGAUUGCCUCGUGCCAGGGUACAGAACACAUAGGAUGCAACAACACCAUGGUUUUCGACAAGAGGUGCUUGCGCUUCAACAGCCUGGUGAAUAUCGGAAAGUUUCGCCGCUAUUUGCUGGCCAUGCACAACAAAUACCGCGAGGAUGUGGCCAGUGGAGCGCUCGAGUAUAUGCCGGAGGCCAGAAAUAUGCCAGAGCUGAUGUGGGAGCCCUAUUUGGCUAUCCUGGCCGAGUAUCACUUGAAAACCUGUCUGGCGGACCUCCCCGGACAGCCGUGUGUGGCCACCGACGACUUUCCGGAUCCGAAAUCAAACUUUGCGGAGGACAUCUACCCCAGACCCCUCGUCGCCGAGUCGAAUGUCCGCCAGAUGACCAUUCUCACGGAGGAGUGGAUGGACGAGGUGUACGACUUGCGGGACACCAGCUACGAAUCGGCGGGCUAUGCCAUCAGGAACAUUAUCAACGACAAGGCCGCCUACAUGGGCUGUGCCGCUGGCAAGGACUACGACUUGUGGAACAUCCACUUUGUGCUCGUCUGCUACUACAGCGCCGGAGCUCCGGAAGGAAGUAGUCUGUACGAUGUCGGGAAGUUCAAUGCCAGCUUCUGUCCCCAUGGACACAGUGGUGCUUACCCAAGUCUCUGCAAAACCCUGCCCCUGAAUGACUAAGUGGCAGCAUCUCCGGAAAAAAUAAAUAUUGCAAAGGCUAUGGGUAUAAUUAAAUGUGGGAAACACUUUGCCAAUCUGAGAGGAGUGAACAGUGGUGCGUUUCAGUUCUUUUCCAACAAAUUUCAUUUGUGAUUUUGUUAGAAACUGUAGCUUAUAAUGUAAAUUUAGAAAUAAAUAUUAGUAAUUGUA